CCUUACGUUACUUACCAAAAUAUGACGUCAUAUUAAGCGCCUAUAUGAAUAGCGGUUCCACAUAUACCGGAAGAAUACUAGGUUUCCGUAAAGAUGCAUUUUAUUUUUACGAACCAUUAUGGCGACUGACACUUUGGGGAUAUUACAGAUCCAACUUUACUGUGUGUAGCACUCGAACAAACAUGUGUAGAGAAAUCCCAAAAGACGAAAUGAAUCAAAACAAACCUAUUGUUGGACGGUCCAAGAAAGGCCUCGAUUUUCAUUUGCUUCAUGACAAAGAUAUCAUCAACAUGUCAGUAACUCCACUACAAGUCGCUCAAAGAAUAAUUCAUCAUCUCUUUAGAUGUCGUCUGCUGCAGGUUCAAAAUCUUAUUCAGCCAGGAGUAACAGAUGCUGUAAAAUUUUCAGGUCAAAGCUGGAAUAUUUAUCGUUAUUGUAUCAGCAGAAAUAAACCAUUUGAUCAUUGUCUAGAAGUUUUGCAAUCCUCAAAUUGUCAACAUGCCAAACACAGAGUGUCAAAAGUACUGAGACUAUAUCUUGGAGCAUUAGAGGACAUUCUUCGAGCAUCUCCUAAACUUAAAGUAGUUCAUCUUUUUCGGGACCCUAGAGCUAUUAUUCAUUCUAGAUUAGAGACCCAUGGAUAUCCUCUUGAAAAGACGACGUCUCAUAAUGGUAUAAAGAACAAUGCAAAAUCCUUGUGUAAUAAGAUGGAGACAGACCUUAGGGAUGGCGAACGCUUAAAGAAAAUGUUUCCGAACAGGUUUUGUUUCGUUCACUAUGAAGAUAUUUACACAAAAGAUGAUUCUUUAAUCGAAUUGCAUACUUUUCUUGGAAUGUCAAUAACUCGAGAAAUCAUACAUAACGCUAGGGUGCAUAUGUCAAAUUAUGGAAGCAACAGAAAACGGUCUGCUAGAUCGGAAAGGAAUAGAAAUAAUGCAUUUUGGUGGAGAAAAUAUUUAAGUUGGGACACAAUAAAAUUAAUUGAUUCUGAAUGUUCCAUUAUAUAUUCAGAACUUGGAUAUCCAAUCAUAAUGGACAAAGAGGACAAAGAGAAUUUCAACAAAUCGUUUGUGUUACAGAAUCUCCAAUUUUCAAUGACAUAAUUAAAGGCUGGUUGGUUAGUUGAAAAGUUGUAUUUGUACUUGACUGCUAAAUUAGUAGCUUAUUUAAACAUAUUUAGCCGUCGCAAAACUAUAUAAGUGUAUGUGCAAUUUAAACGUAAAUUUAUAACCUAGCCAAAAUGACCAUCGCAUAAAUAAAUUCUCUUUUGUUAUAUACAUAUAUUUGUAUUAUAAUAUACACUUAACAAAUCUUAUAAGUGUGCAUGCAUAAAUGGUCUCAUAGGUGUAUCAAUAUUUGCCCGAUCAUGCUGAAAUUUUCAAUAAAUACAGAAAAGAGACAGGCUAU